AUGCUCGCAAUAGAACAAGCGAGCGCGGCUCCCCGCUCUCGUGGUCGGCCUCCCAACUACAGGGAGCUCGCCGGAAUUCGUUCGCGACGACCUAGACGACGCAGCCUGCCGUCUGCACCUUCACCUGCGCCGCCGGAACCCAACCCAGAAGCGGAACACCCUACCCCUGCAACGAAGACACCAGCUGACCCUCCUGAUGUGCGCCAAUGGCCGCAAUCUUAUUCGAAGUGCCCCAAUUUUCGCGUUCCCUACAAAGCCGCAUUAAACCAACCAGGAGAAGCUCUGCAAGUAGAGUUUCGUAAUCGCCAAUUCACCUUUCGCUACGUAGAGCCUUACCUGCACAUCUGCGUUCAUGGACUGUGGCGCAUCUGCGUCCCACAAUUCCCUGAGUUCCUUACUCACGUUCUGAAUUCACAUCACGACCAUGUCACAGCCGGCCAUCGAGGCCAGAAGAAGACCUUUACGGCCCUCAGCAAGCACUACUACUGGCCAGGAAUGUGCGCCUACCCUACUGCUUAUGUUGAGUCAUGCACUCCCUGUCGAGCGUCAAAGUAUCUUGAACAGAAGCCUGCAGGCCUUCUUCAACAGUUGCUCAACCCUUCUCGUCGAUGGACGCACGUGAGUCUCGACUUUAUCACAGAUCUUCCCCUUACAACGACAGGGCACGACUCGAUCCUUGUCAUGGUCGACUCCCUCAGCAAGAUGGCUCAUUUCGUUCCUACAAAGAAGUCAUUCACAGCAGCAGACACCGUGGAGCUUCUUGCAGACCGUCUUAUCCCCUAUCACGGUUUUCCAGAGGCCUUGGAACUUGCCUACAACACAAUGAGUCAUUCAUCCACUGAGCUCUCUCCCUUCGAGGUCAUGAUUGGCGAGAACCCGUUGACUGCUGCGGACCUUGAUAUCGUAGACGCGUUAGCUCCUACGCUCACUCCUCCCAUGACUAAGCUUUUCCGGCAGCUCUACGACAGAGCACAGAGUCACAUGCUGAAGGCGAAAUGGCAGCAGAAGUACUACGCAGACACAAAGCGUCGAGCAGUGGAGUAUGCAGUGGGAGACAAGUUCUGGCUCAGUAGCAAGCACCUACCGCCUUUUAACUGCUGCCCUAAGUUCGAGACACGUUACGGCGGACCUUUCGAAGUCAUCGAACGCACAGGAACUGUCGCUGACCGUCUCGCUCUGCCUCCCACCUAUGAAUGCCAUAACGUUUUCCACGUUUCGCAGCUAGUUCCCCACCGCCCCCGCCCUCCCGCUUUGGUUCCCCCGGCAGCCGACGCCGCCUGGCCUCCUAUCCACGAUGCAGCAGGCAAUCCCACAGAGGAAUACGAACUCGACUAUAUUAUGGACCAACGCGACUCGGGAGAUGCAGCCCAGUACCUCGUCAAGUGGUGCGGGACCCCUGACGAUCAAGCCGCAUGGGAGCCAGCUCACCACCUUGCAGGCUGCCCGGCUUUGCUUCGCGCUUGGCGCCGCCGCCAACGAAGACGUCUUCAGGCUCGAAACAAGCUUGGUCCUUCCGAGGCGUAG